UCUCUCUAUCUGCCCGACAAUCAUCAAAAACACGCAAACAGAUGCAAGCUCCUCUUGGCAUCUCACCGCGUUCUCUCAUAUAUACCAUUUCACUGUACUGCAAAAUGUCUUUCCACAUGUUCUGGACCCAGUCAGGUGAAAAAUGGCAAUCAUCGAAGAUAAAUCCGCACCAGGGACACUGCACCUCAUUGACGAAAAUGGCGACCUACACGUCAAACACUCCACCUCCACCAAAGACAUCGUCCUAAUCCCCAUCCCCUCCGACGACCCAGAAGACCCCCUCAACUGGCCCCUCCCCCGCAAACUCCUCCAAACCUCCUGCGUCGUCCUCUACACCAUCAUGAUGGUCUUCCCCUCCUCCGCCGUCUACUCCGUCACGACCCCCAUCUCAAAAGCCACCCACCUCACCGUCAACGACCUCGUCUCCGGCACCGGCGCCAUGUUCCUCUUCUACGGCUGGGGCUGCAUCAUCUGGCAAGCCUUCGCCCUACAAUACGGCAAACGCCCCGCGUACCUGCUCUCCAUGUGCGUGUCCAUCGUCAUCAUGGGCGUCACGCCGCUGUGCACGACGAAUGGGCCGUAUCUCGCGACGAAGAUCCUGCAGGGCUUUUUUGGGGCGCCGGUCGAGAGUCUGUGUGAGAUUUCGAUGACGGAUAUUUGGUUCUCUCAUGAGCGGCCGUUAUGGUUGGCGGUGUAUGGACUCAGUUUGGCGGCCAGUGGGAAGUUGGCGCCGGUUUUCGCGGCGUUUAUUAAUACGGGGAUGGGGUGGCGGUGGACGCUUUGGUGGUGUGCGAUUGGGAUGGGGGUUGCGUUUGUGUAUUGUUUUUUGUUGAUGGAGGAGACGAAUUAUGAUCGGAAGGUGAGUUUGGUGGAGAGUAGUUCGGAUGAGGGUUCUGAGCCUGCAGUUAUGAGCGGAGAUGAGAAAGCAGGAGAGAAGAGCGUCCCUGCGGCUGUGGUAGAGACUGGUCAAGUCACUUACCCGAGGAAAACGUACUGGCAAAAACUCUCCUUGACAGGAGACAAGAAACGCCCAAAUCGACUGCUGGAAAUCAUGUGGUCGCCCUUCAAAUUCUUCACGUUUCCCGUGGUCGUCUGGGCGGGAUUCAUGUACGGAACCAACGCCCUCGUCUGGCCUGGGAUCUUGAACGCUACUGCCAGUCCAACAUACACGAAAGUCUACGGAUUCGACAGCAACGAUGUUGGAUUUGCCUAUUUCGGGGCUGUGGUUGGUAUGAUUCUUGGCUCCCUAUGGGUAACCUGGUUCGGACCCUACCUCGUCCUCCGCCUCGCCCGCCGCAACAACGGCAUCGCAGAACCAGAACACAUCCUAUACCUCUUCCUCGCCUCCCUAAUCAGCGUCCCCUUCGCCAUGCUGCUCUGGGGUCUCGGCUCCACCUCCAAAAUCCACUGGUUCGGCCUCGUAUUCGCGCAAUGCAUCCUCGCCAUCUCGUCUACCCUCUGUCUCUCAACAGCGAUCCAGUACGCUACCUCAGCGUAUCGCGAUCUAGGCGGGGAGUUGAUUACAACCAUUAUUUUGAUCAGGAAUACGUUGAGCUUUGCGAUUAAUUAUGGGAUUACGCCGUGGAUUGAGGCGGAAGGGCAGAGGGAAACGUUUAUUACGGUCGCGUGCAUUGCGUUGCUUUGUAAUGCGACGAUGUUUCCGGCGAUUUGGUGGGGGAAGGGGUUCAGGGUUAGGAGUGCGGGGACGUAUUGGGGGUGGGUGGAGAGUGCGAGGGCGAAGGGGUUGAGUCAUUGAGUUGAGGCGUGAAAGCGGUGAGAAUUGUGGAAGAAGGAUAAAGAUGCGAGUAAUGAAUCACUAACUACAUGGUGUAUAUACAUAGAUCUCUGUACAUAGCUU